AUGAAUGACAUUCAGAAGGUAAACAAAACCGAAGCAACAAAGGAAGUACCACCAUGGGCUUUGAAGACAGAGAAGAACAUAACUGCUUUACGGAAGACCAAAAGUCAUGUAAUGAUGCUUAUUGCGUGCAAACAAACAAAUCCUUAUGCGUCCCAGCAACAGAAAGUAAAAGAGAUAGAAAUGAUGUUUGGAGACAGCAAAAAGAGAACUGAUUAUCCUGAAGCAAGAGCUAAAAGUUUUGGUUCAUGUAUCUCUUGUAUACGCCUUUUCUACUUUUUACCAACUAUAGCAUUUUCCUAUGCAUUUGGUGAUCGCACCAUCUUCCCAACUCUGUUUUUCAUUCUUAUAUGCCUUCAUAAAUACCUUUUCACUAAGUUUGAAAAAUCUUACUGUAUUUUCCCUUGUAAUUUUUCUUUUCCUGCCCGGUGGCAAUUGUCGAAGACUGGUUUUAUUUUCCUCGCAAACUUCAACUCUGCUGGUGGUAUACCUGUUGGUGUAUUUGGAUUUGGUGUCACACGAUAUUUGCAUGAUAAUCGAAUAAAAAACUAUGAGGAUGGUGCUUUCUUAUUCCUCCCCAGCAUAAGUCACAUCUACCUCAAAGGCAAUAAGGAUUUGAUGUGUGGAUGUCACCUGCCAGCCUUGGUGAAAUAUAUGAGAAAUAACUAUAACAGAACUGUGAAUGUCAGUGGCGAGUGUCAGUCAGAUCUCGGCAAAAGAAUACCAAUACCGAAAUAUUCGCAAUGUACAAAUUACUCGUUGUUUCAACGGAAUUUACAGUGUCAGACAUGUUCAGGGAUGAUGUGCAAUCAUUCAGGAGUGACAAACUGUCCAGGAGCAGAGCCUGUUUGUCGGUUGACUUUAUCAAUGAAUGGUGUUACACUGAGGUUUGAAAGGUCCUGCAGCACAUACAGAAAAUGCGUGGAAGCUAUGAGAAACAAUAGCCACAGAUGCAAGAAAUGGACGGAUGGCACUUCCUGUACUGGUUGUUGCGUCGGAAACUUGUGUAACAAGAAUGACAUCAUUGGGUCUUGUAAUGAAGACACAACCUCAAAUAAUGGUAUUUUCCAUUGGCCAGUGACGAAAAUAGGAAGCAAUGCGACGAUUCCAUGCCAUGCAAAUGUAGCAACGAGACUCUGUUCUUCCAGGACGGUGAAGCAUCCAGAAAUGGCAUCAAACCAAUCUAGGACAUCACUAAAAUGUUCACCAUUUACUGGUAUCUGGCAAGAACCAGACAUGUCACAAUGUUACAAUACUGAGGGGAUCACUCGACGACUAAAAGACAUCAGAAGCCAAGACAUUGAUCAAAGGAAUAUCGCCAAUAUUUCGAAAGAGGCAUUGAAUGUUUCGCAGAAAUCAGUGUAUUUCAAACAACAAGAUAUUGACUUGGCUGUAGAUAUUCUCGAGAAAAUUGUGCCAUUGAACGCAUCGGCUGACACAAGACUGAAAAUUAUACGUGGUAUAAACAAUAUAAUAAACACACCAGAGAAGGUUUUGGCUGAGGCAGAACUAUCUAAUAGAAGUAUCAGCAGAAUGCUGGGCAUUAUAAAAAUAUUGCCAAAAACAAUUCCACUGGAAGAGCAGCAAGUCAACGUUUUAUACUCAAAUCUUGGUAUUGGUGUUUCCAAAGUGAAUCAGGAUAGUUUCGAUGGUCUUUUCUAUGGCGUUUCCUACGGAACUGAUGAAACGGAAGCAAACACACAGCUCUUUAACCACUCAUACUCUGACCAACAACAAGAUGAUAUACAGACACUUUCCUUUAUUUCCUUACCAAAGAGUUUACCAAAACAUCUGAAAGACGAACAAAGAUCAACCCUUGCAAGAGUAGUAUUUUACUCCAUGAGGAAUGAUAAGCUCUAUAGAGUAACACAAAACUCCAGUGCCAAAGGAAAUACUGAAAUUAACAGCCAUAUUAUUAGUGCCAGUAUCCCUAACAUUUCAAUAAGCAACCUUGAUGAACCAAUUAAUAUAUCAUUCAAUUUAAUAAACCAGAAUGCCGACAACCCAGAAUGUGUUUACUGGGAGGAAACUUCAGGAGAGGUUCCUCAUUGGGCAACAAAUGGCUGUAAAACAUCCGAUUAUGUACCUGGAAAGAAAGUAGUUUGUUCCUGCGACCAUCUCACAAGUUUUGCCAUAUUAAUGGUUGGUAACAUUAUGACCAGUUGUUAA